CACUCUAACAACCUUCUGCCAUUUUCCAUUUACGGCAUUCCCUUUUUUAUAUCCCCCCCCCUCUACCGUUUUCCCUCACUCGCACCUUUUCUUCAAGUUUCUACUCAACUCUCAUGGAUUACUUGUUUACUUACUUAUUAUACACCUAACAAUUACUCAUCCGCCAUGAAAAUACCUUCAUCCCUUCACCAUUUUUCCCUCCUUCUAACCAUCUUACUUUCAUCUUCUUCUCUUACUAUUUCCCGCCCAAUUUCACCCUCUCCGGAAAACCCACCUCCUAACUUCUCACCUUUCAAACCCAGUAUCGCCGUCAUCAUCGGUGCUCUCACUACUCUUUUUUCACUUACUUUUCUCCUUCUUAUGUACGCUAAACACUGUAAACAGCGACCCGGGUCUUCCUUAGACCCCGAUUCCUAUUACUAUAAUCGGAGUUUCCCUGUUCCCGGAAGAAAAAACUCGGGUAUUGAUCCACUUAUUAUUGAAUCAUUACCCGUUUUCCGGUUUGGCGCAUUAAGGGGUGAAAAAGAUGGGUUAGAGUGUGCAGUUUGUUUAAACCGGUUUGAACCGGCGGAGAUUCUCCGGCUUUUGCCUAAAUGUAAGCAUGCUUUUCAUGUUGAGUGUGUUGACACGUGGCUUGAUGCUCAUUCCACGUGUCCUCUCUGCCGAUUUCGGGUUGACCCGGAAGAUAUCCUUCUUAUCGACCGGGUUAAACCGGAUGAGUUGGGAUUGGGUUUGAGCUUACCUGAGUCAACUCGGCGAGUCUCGGGUCGUCACUCGUCUGCACUCGAGCGAGGCGGUGGGGAAACUAAAACGAAAUCACAAACGACGUCGUCAAGGAGAUCAUUAGACGGGACAAUCAAAGCCGUUGAUAAAAGAAAAGAUGGGAUGUUAUUAACCGUCGAUAAAGAGGUUAGGAGAGUAGAACAUAAAAUUAUAAUAGAAGGUGGCCCACAGGAGAGAUGGAGUGAUUUUCAGCCGUACGAUAGGCUUUACUUACGAUCAGAGAUGUUGAUGAGCGAAGGGCGUCGAUCAUCAACGAGAGUGCACGGGAAUAACCAUGGGGUGAGGACACAGGAGAUCACUAAUAGUGGCAAAAAUGUAAUAAAUGAAAGAAGUGUGUCGGAAAUCACGGGGCUAAGCAGGUUUACCAGCAGAAAUACAGGAGGUAGUGGAAAUGAAGAGAGAGGAAGGGAGAGACAUGAUGGGGCUAUUGCCAGGUGGAUGGCCUGGAUUUCGCAAUCUAAGACAGCUGUACGGCCAGGAGCUUAAAUUUAGAUGUUUAUACGAUAAUCAAAAAUUUGUUGGAUUUUUUUAAAGAAAUUAAAUUAUGUGUUGGGGACUUGGGUAAAAAGAUUUACGGUGGGUCCACAUAUUAAAUUAUCAUUAAUUGAGUAGGUCAAUGGAGUAUUAAUUAAUUGAGGGGUAAUAAAUUAUAUUUGAGUUUUUAACCUCUAAAAUAGGGGUGACAUUAAGUUUUUAAGGAAAAAAAAAAUACUUCUAUCACAUUAAAUAGAAGAAAAUUAAGGUGGUAAAUUGUAAUUUAAAAGGAUUAAUUUAAAUUUUUUUAUGUAAGGGUAUUACAAUGUUUUACAAGUACAUCAAAGUGUAUUUGGUAACAAGUAUUUUAAAAGUAAAUUGCUUAGAAAUAAUUUAUCUAGUUUUUAAUACUUGUUACGAUA